UGUUUGGUGUAUUUCGCGACCCUGUCGCCAUUCUAACGUCACCAUGAAAGUAUUCGCCGCUCUGUGUUUGGCCUUCGUUGCCGUUCAGGCCUUCCCCCGACCAGAUUCGGAACACUUCACCUACGAUAAUAACAAUGGACAAGUGUCCGGCGAACAUUCGACUGACGUCGAUGGUGUCACCAAAACUGAAGGGCUUCCUCAAAACGCCCCCGUUAUAGAUCCAGCACCUGUUGCUGUUCCCCUUGAUGACGUUAACGAUGGCGAUGAUGAUGAUGUGACAACUGUCACAAGGACAGGCAGCUUCCAACAAUCCAGCUCAUCAUCAAGCACUAGCACAGAUGCUGAUGGUAACCAAAUCGUGUCAGGCACAUCUGAUUCCCUAUCUGGCGAGGUUAACGGACAGUCUGUCAACGACCACGGAAAAGUAUCAGGAAACCAAGUGGUUAACGUGAACAAAUGCAACUCUUCUCUUGAUGGCGUUAACGGUGUUAAUACAGUUAAGAACUACAAUUUGAGCGGGACAGAUGCUAGUGCGGUCGACGCUGAUGGAGUGACAGACCACCAAGUCCAUGUUGACAUUGACAGGGAUGUGUAAGCGGUGACAGAUUGGAAAAUGAUUGCAGUAUGAAAUGUACAAAUUCAGGUUCUUUGUUGCUUAGUAUAGACCAUUUUUGUAAUAGCUGUAAAGAUCAUCAUUUCGGGACAAGUUUAGAAGAGGUGAAAGAAAUUCAGACACCUUUUUAGAGAACUAGAAAACAUCCUCCCAAUUUAUAAUGGAAAUAAAAAAGUGCGCGCCAAAAAUCUGACGUUUGUCAUCUGUCAUAUUUUGUAACCUGACAUUGAACAGCCGCUUAAUGGCCAAUGGUCAUAGAUCAGUUUUUUUUUAUUUUAUUUACAUUCAGAUAUUUGUCUUAAAAUUACAUUUUUGGUAGCUAAGUAAUUGAGUAACUGAUUAUUUUUUAUACAUGCAAAUGUUCAAAAUGACCUGGUAUUUGUUAUUAUAAUUUUACAUUAUCAUAA